AUGUCUCUCUGGUCAGCGUACAAGGGGCUCUCUGCCAAUGCCCGCCUCGGCGUCGGCGUCGGCAUUCUCGCCUGGGGCGCCAUCGGACUGUACCUGUCUGACCGUGCCGAGGAGAAGUUCGGAUUCACUCCUUCUGAGCAGGACAAGGAGGCGCUGGAAAAGUACAAACCCAAGAUCCAUGUUGUCGAAAGGGAUGAUCCUGGUAGUAGGCGGUAG